AUGGAAAAUCUGCGCUGUCGUCUCCGUGAUACCGAAGAAGAACUUGCGCAGGUCCGUCGAGAACUGGACCAGAAAACACAAGAACUACGAGAUUUGCGCCGAGCACUUCCUCUACCAAAUCCAGAAAGGCUGUAUCACAACAUCAUGGAUCUUUGUUACGAGUUCCACGCCUGCACUAUCAGGACGAACGACUUAGACAACCGCAUAAAGUCUCUGCGCCAUUCAGCCAAUAACAACGAGAAUCGCCUUCACGACGUGACACUGCUAGAGCUGUCAGUAGAAAAGCUGCGCAUCGAGAUACUAUUCAUCCGAUCCCAACUAAGAACCCUCUUCACCGGGCCCGCAUUGUUGUGCGCUGCAAAAAUCAUCACGAUGGAUAUAUGGCGUACAUGGAUGGAUCGCCCACAUAGAAACGAAGAAGGAAAUCCUCUUUUAGUGCAACCAGAGGAGAUCGAAACGGUUGCUUCAGAUCAACUUCAACAACUUGAUCGCAACCGCCAAGUGCUCGUGGAGAUACGAACAUCGAUGAUGGAAACAGACCAACAAGACACUCGCGAAUUCCAAAACCAGAUGCGCAUAGCUAUGGCGAGGCUACAAUCUUCUCUCGAUGCAGCUUUAGUCAACUUGGAGAGACGUGAGGCGCCGCCUGCAAAUUCUCGGGAAGAUAAUGCGAUGGAGGACCUCGAAGAAGCGGAGCGUGCACCUGGUCAGGCUGAUCGGACGUCCCCCCGAAAUUCGCCCGUGCCGGAGGGCAUGGCCAUGCACGAUCAGGAAAGAGGCGCUAUCCAAAAAUGUGGAAUAUCUCGAAGAACUCGAGGAAGAGGAAGGGGAAGUUGCGAAGAAGAAGAAGAGGUGCCGCAAGAAGUCGAACAAGAGCGCAUUCGACAACAGAAUGCCAUUGCGCGCCAAGAGAUAGAAGGAGAUAUUCGACAGCUCCAACAAGCUCGCACGAACUUUCUGCAAAUAAUAGAUGAAUUGCGCCGUCUUCCUACAUGUCCGCCAAGGAGAUUGGGCUACGGAGCAGUCAGAAGUGACACAGAACGAUUCAUGCGCUGCGCCUUCUGCAGAGCAAGCGGAAAGCAUUAUUCGGACUCGUGCGACGAGUUCCCCUCUGUGUAUGUGCGCCGUCGUAUGAUUGAGGACAGGGGAAAGUGUGUUGAGUGUCUCGAACUUUGUCGUAGAGAUAAGUCGUGUAAGAAAUACUAUGAGCGCUGUUAUCACUGCGGGAAAUACGACCACCACUCCGCCUUGUGCGAGCUACCCGACAAAAGUGAUGAAAUCGCGGAGCAAUUGGCACAUGCGAGGCGCGGACUUGCCCAAACAACGGACCGAAUCAACCAGUUGGAGCGCGACCUUCAACGACUCCAGGACUAG